AUUUUCCGUUAUUCACGAAACAAAUUAGCAAGAUAUGUGGAAAUCCCGUUAUAUCGUAUCAAACUGGUUCAAAAUGAAUUUAUCAAGAGUGUACUUUGUUUUGGUGAUAUUGAUUGUGUCAUUUAACGAUAAUGUCGUUUCUGGUAUCAAUGGUGGUGAUUUAAAUAUCAAUUAUAUCAAUGCUCAGAACGAAAAUGGCUCGACACUCUUGCAUGGCGCUGUCAAUCAGUGCGAUGCAAAUAUGGUACGGUGGUUGAUAGUCAAUGGUGCAAUGGUUAACAUUCAAAAUAGCGCACACGAUCUGCCAUUGCAUAUCGCUGUAAGAAUUGACUGCGUGGAAGCGGUCAAAAUUUUGGUCGAAAAUGACGCAUUACUAAGUGUAGGCGAUGAAAAUAUGAACACGCCAUUACACUUAGCCGUAAUUGGCAAUAACGAGAACGUAGCCCAGGUGUUAGUAGCAAAACGAUCGGGCAUGGAUAUCAAAAACAAGGCGGGAAAUGCCCCAAUCCACACCGCCGUUCUUUUUGGUUUCCUAAACAUCACCGUGCUUCUCAGCGAACAUAACGCCAGUUUAAAUUUACAAAACAAAGAUUUGAAUACCCCCUUGCACUUGGCAGUGAUGAAAAAUGAUUACGAAAUGGUCAAAAUAUUGAUACACAUGGGAGCUCGCCUUAACAUUCGAAACGGGCUCAAUCAGCUUCCCAUAGACAUUGCACUUGAACGUAGUUAUCUAGGAGUAAGUGCAUUGCUCCUCGAUUGUGGUACUGAUAUAAAUGCGAAAGAUAAAGAUUCGAACACGUUACUGCACGCCUCCGUGAUCAGAAAUAAUUAUAUCGUGGUAAAGCUACUCCUCUCAAAAAAGGCGGACUUGAACAUUCCAAACAACGAAGGACUUCUUCCAAUUCAUAGCGCGACCUUCGACAACAACGAGGAAAUGUUACAGUUGCUUUUAGACAAUGGUGCUAACGUAAAUAGUGAAAGCACCCGUUACGAAACCCCCAUUUUUACGGCCAUACGAAAGAGAAACUGGAAAAUAGUUAACUUUUUAAUAUCCAAAAAAGCGGAUCUUCUAGUGAAAGGUGCAGAUGGAAACGCACCCAUUCACAUUUCAGUUUUGAACGAAGAGUUAAGUAUAACCCAGCUUCUGAUAACGGAAGGAGCCGAUAUAAAUGUUAGCAAUCUCAAAAAUGAAACACCUCUUCAUGUAGCCAUACGUAGAAACAAUGCGGCCAUUGUGAAACUUCUAUUGGAUAGCAAUGCCAAUUUGAUGAUGGAAAACAGUCAAGGUGAGACUCCCUUAUUGCUUGCCCUAAGAACUAAUUGUAUAGAAAUUGCGCGGCUGAUCAUGGAUUCUGCAAAGGGCAUAAAUGGAACAGAUUCAGAUGGCAAUAACAUACUGCACCUUGCAGUAGCCAAAAAUUACAUCGAAGCAGUGAAAAUGCUACUUGAUGAAAAAGUAGACUUGGAAGCGAAAAACCACGACGAAGAUGUGCCCCUACUGAUUGCAGUUGCAAAGGGAUAUCAAGUAAUCGCCCAAUUGCUCAUCGGGGCCGGUGCCAACAAAAGUGUAACUAAGCAAAAUGGCGACAGCCUGCUUCAUCUGGUGGUACACAACGGUGACACAAAAAUGAUAAAAAUGCUAAUCGAAAAUGGCGCUGAUUUGGAAACUAAAAACGGAAUUGGAGACUCUGCCCUUAUCCUAGCGGUGUGGCUUGGCCAUAUAGAAGUGACCACACAGUUGAUAGUCAGCGGGGCCAACGUUAAUGUGAAAAAUCGCGAUGGUAAUACCCCACUUCUUCUAGCGGUAAUUAAAAAUGAUGCCAAACUCGUCAAGUUACUUCUCGAAAAAAAGGCUGAUUGUACCAUUUCAAAUAAAGAUAAAGAAGUCCCACUUAUUAAAGCGUCGUCUAAUGGAUUGUUAGAAGUGGUUUCUCUUCUGAUAGAAGGCGGUGCUGAUAAAAACGUACAGGACCGCAAUGGAAAUACUCCGCUUCAUUUGGCGGUUCAAAGGAAUGACACGGAAAUGGUCGAACUCCUGAUUGCCAAUAAAGUCGACAUGGAAAUAAAGAACGGCAUUCAAGAUACUCCGCUCAUUUCGGCCGUUUGGUUGGGUUUCAAGGAGGUGACGCGAUUGCUGAUUGAAGGCGGAGCAAAUAAAAGCGCCGGGAACAGAGACAACAAUACUCCUCUUAAUCUGGCCGUUAGUAAAAAUGACAUCAAAAUGGUUAAGCUCCUCCUCGAGCAAAAAGUAGACACUGAGAUUGCAAACAAAAACCAGGAUGUUCCUCUCAUUGUGGCCACGUGGAAUGAGUACAUCGAGAUAGUGUCUCUUUUGAUUGAUGGCGGCGCUAAUAAGAACGUGAAAAACCGAAACGCCGAUACUCCGCUGCAUUUGGCCGUUUCCAAAAACAACAUUGCAUUGUCAGCGCUUCUGAUUGGUAAAAAGGUUGACAUGGAUGUUAGGAAUGGCAUUCAGGAUACUCCACUCAUUGCGGCUGUUUGGUUGGGUUUCAAGGAGAUGGCGCGUUUGCUGAUCGAAGGCGGGGCAAAUAAAAACGUAGGGAACAGAGACAGCAACACUCCUCUUAAUCUGGCCGUUAGUAAAAAUGACAUCGAAAUGGUUAAGCUCCUCCUCGAGAAAAAGGUAGACACCGAGAUUGCAAACACCAACAGGGACGUACCUCUUAUUGUGGCCACGUGGAAUGAGUACAUCGAGAUAGUGUCUCUUUUGAUUGAUGGCGGCGCUAACAAGAAUGUGAAAAACAAGGACGGAAACACACCACUCAGUUUGGCUGUCCAUAAAAACAACACCGCCUUGGUCAAACUGCUGAUAUCGAAACAAGUCGACAUGGAUGUUAGGAAUGGAAUUCAGGAUACUCCACUCAUUUCGGCUGUUUGGUUGGGUUUCAAGGAGAUGGCGCGUUUGCUGAUUGAAGGCGGAGCAAAUAAAAACGUCGGGAACAGAGACAACAACACCCCUCUUAAUCUGGCCGUUAGUAAAAAUGACAUCGAAAUGGGUAAGCUCCUCCUCGAGAAAAAGGUGGACACCGAGAUUGCAAGCACCAACAGGGACGUUCCUCUUAUUGUAGCCACGUGGAAUGAGUACAUCGAGAUAGUGUCUCUUUUGAUUGAUGCUGGUGCUAACAAGAAUGUGAAAAACAAGGACGGAAACACACCACUCAGUUUGGCUGUCCAUAAAAACAACACCGCCUUGGUCAAACUGCUGAUAUCGAAACAAGUCGACAUGGAUGUUAGGAAUGGCAUUCAGGAUACUCCACUCAUUGCGGCUGUUUGGUUGGGUUUCCAAGAGAUGGCGCGUUUGCUGAUUGAAGGCGGGGCAAAUAAAAACAUCGGGAACAGGGACAACAACACCCCUCUUAAUCUGGCAGUUAGUAAAAAUGACAUCGAAAUGGUUAAGCUCCUCCUCGAGAAAAAGGUAGACACUGAGAUUGCAAACAAAAUCCAGGAUGUACCUCUUAUUGUGGCCACAUGGAAUGAGUACAUCGAGAUAGUGUCUCUUUUGAUUGAUGGUGGCGCUAACAAGAAUGUGAAAAACAAGGACGGAAACACACCACUUAGUUUGGCUGUCCAUAAAAACAACGCCGCAUUGGUGAAGCUGCUGAUAUCGAAAAAAGUCGACAUGGAUGUUAGGAAUGGAAUUCAGGAUACUCCACUCAUUGCGGCUGUUUGGUUGGGUUUCCAAGAGAUGGCGCGUUUGCUGAUUGAAGGCGGUGCAAAUAAAAACGUGGGAAACAGAGACAACAACACUCCUCUUAAUCUGGCCGUUAGUAAAAAUGACAUCGAAAUCGUUAAGCUCCUCCUCGAGAAAAAGGUGGACACCGAGAUUGCAAACACCAACAGGGACGUUCCUCUUAUUGUGGCCACGUGGAAUGAGUACAUCGAGAUAGUGUCUCUUUUGAUUGAUGACGGCGCUAACAAGAAUGUGAAAAACAAGGACGGAAACACACCACUCAGUUUGGCUGUCCAUAAAAACAAUGCCGCAUUGGUGAAGCUGCUGAUAUCGAAAAAAGUCGACAUGGAUGUUAGGAAUGGAAUUCAGGAUACUCCACUCAUUGCGGCUGUUUGGUUGGGUUUCCAAGAGAUGGCGCGUUUGCUGAUUGAAGGCGGUGCAAAUAAAAACCUGGGAAACAGAGACAACAACACUCCUCUUAAUCUGGCCGUUAGUAAAAAUGACAUCGAAAUCGUUAAGCUCCUCCUCGAGAAAAAGGUGGACACCGAGAUUGCAAACACCAACAGGGACGUUCCUCUUAUUGUGGCCACGUGGAAUGAGUACAUCGAGAUAGUGUCUCUCUUGAUUGAUGGCGGCGCUAACAAGAAUGUGAAAAACAAGGACGGAAACACACCACUCAGUUUGGCUGUCCAUAAAAACAACGCCGCAUUGGUGAAGCUGCUGAUAUCGAAAAAAGUCGACAUGGAUGUUAGGAAUGGAAUUCAGGAUACUCCACUCAUUGCGGCUGUUUGGUUGGGUUUCAAGGAGAUGGCGCGUUUGCUGAUUGAAGGCGGUGCAAAUAAAAACGUGGGAAACAGAGACAACAACACUCCUCUUAAUCUGGCCGUUAGCAAAAAUGACAUCGAAAUGGUUAAGCUCCUCCUCGAGAAAAAGGUAGACACCGAGAUUGCAAACACCAACAGGGACGUUCCUCUUAUUGUGGCCACUUGGAAUGAGUACAUUGAGAUAGUGUCUCUUUUGAUUGAUGGCGGCGCUAAUAAGAACGUGAAAAACCGGAACGGCGAUACUCCGCUGCAUUUAGCCGUUUCCAAAAACAACAUAGCAUUGUCAAGGCUUCUGAUUAGUAAAAAGGUUGACAUGAACCUUAAGAACGAUAAACAAGAUACUCCCCUCACUGUAGCCUCUUGGAAAGGUUAUCUACCAAUAGUUUCCCUUUUAAUUGAAAGGGGGGCCGAUAAAGAUAUCGCCAAUAGUGAUGGAAAUACAGCACUCCACUUGGCCGUUUUUCAUUGUAGCGCUGAUUUGGUGAAGUAUUUAAUUACCAUGGGAUGCUCUUUGAACUUCAGAAACAAUGCCGGAUACUUGCCCUCCGAUGUGGCUGUUGGUAACUGUCCCGCUGUUUUGCCGUUAUUUGCACAUGGUGUUGCAAAUGAGCCACUUCCACUUGUAAUUUAUUAGUUUAUCGCCUUGUUUAUUGUCCUUAAUAAAGUAAU